UCCUUAGGGAAAAAGAAGAAGACUUGUUCAAAGAGAGAAAGAAGAGAUCACACACAACAUGGAUCAUCAUCAACUCAUCUCCCUCUGCUCAUUUUCGUACAUCUUCAAGAUUAAGAAACAUCUCUUCGUUAGCCUCUUUCUACUUAGCAUCCUCAUCUUCUCGAGCGUCGUCGUCGACGUCUUGCCCUUUCUUCGUAUCGGAUUGUUAUCGUCGUCCUCGUCGCAAACCGUAACAAAGGAGUGCGAUUACUCCGAAGGCAGAUGGGUUCGUCGAACAGGAACAUCAUCUGAUAAUGGAUUACUAUACGGUGAAGAGUGUCGCUUUCUUGAUUCCGGUUUUCGUUGUCAUAAGCAUGGAAGAAAAGACUCUGGUUAUCUUGAUUGGCGAUGGCAACCACACGGCUGCGAUCUUCCACGAUUUAACGCAAGUGAUUUUCUUGAGAGGAGUCAGAACGGGAGGAUAGUGUUCGUGGGAGAUUCUAUCGGAAGAAACCAGUGGGAAUCUCUUAUGUGCAUGCUCUCACAAGCAAUACCUAAUAAAUCUGAAAUCUAUGAAGUAAAUGGGAACCCCAUAACUAAACACAAGGGCUUUCUCUCCAUGCGAUUCCCUCGGCAAAACCUCACUGUUGAGUAUCACAGAACACCCUUUCUUGUCGUGAUUGGCCGGCCACCGGAUAAAUCACCGAAAGAUGUCAAAACCACUGUGAGAGUCGACGAAUUUAACUGGCAGUCAAAAAGAUGGGUCGGCUCAGAUGUUCUGGUCUUCAAUUCAGGGCAUUGGUGGAACAAAGACAAAACUGUGUUAACGGGAUGCUAUUUUGAGGAGGGAAGAAAAGUGAACAAGACAAUGGGAGUGAUGGAGGCAUUUGAAAAGUCUUUGAAGACAUGGAAGUCAUGGGUCUUGGAGAAACUUGAUCCUGAGAAGAGUUACGUCUUUUUCAGAAGCUACUCUCCAGUGCACUACAGAAAUGGGACAUGGAAAUCGGGUGGUCUAUGUGAUGCAGAGAUUGAGCCUGAGACUGAUAAAAGGAAGAUGGAACCUGAUGCGAGUCAAAAUGAAUAUGUCUAUAAAGUAAUUGAAGAAAUGAGAUAUAGACAUAGUAAGCUUAAGUUUCUGAACAUUACGUAUCUGACAGAGUUCAGGAAAGAUGGUCAUAUUUCUCGGUAUCGAGAGCAAGGCACUUCUGUUGAUGUUCCUCAAGACUGUAGCCACUGGUGCCUACCCGGCGUACCAGAUACAUGGAAUGAGAUUCUCUAUGCGCAACUCUUGUCAAUGAACUAUAGAACAAAGUGAUUUCUUGAGGUUCAACCUUUCGGCUCCGUAGGUUGAAGGUAUCUGAACAAAAAUAAAGAAAUUUUUUGUCAACUUGAUAGUAGAAAUGGAAGAAAUGUACAGAAGAGAAGAAGCAAGUACAAAAGAAGCAUUACCAAGCCUGGUACAUAUCUCUGAAUUGCAGCAAGCAUAGCCGCAUGACCAACUGCUGUGACCU